AUGUUCUGGAAUAUCAGAGGCCUUAAAGUAACUAGGGCCAAAGAUAAACUUAGAUCUUUAGUUAAUCAAUUUAAUCCUUCACUAAUCUGGAUAGCAGAACCUAAAGUAAGAGCUAAAAGGAAUUUUGUUAAAAACUUAAGAGUGCCUGGUAUGAGUCAAAUGCUUAUAAAUAAUUCAAGUGAUACUAAGAAAGGGAAUAUUUGGUUAUUAUGGCACUAUUCACUGGAAAUUCCAACAAUUAUAUCAAGCACAAAACAAGUUAUAACUGUCAGAGUUGGGGAAGUACUUGUCACUGGCAUUCAUGCAGCAUGUUUAACAGUGGAUAGGAGGGAACUAUGGGAAGAAUUGUUGAAGAUUAAUAAAAUGCAACUUCCAUGGUUAGUACUUGGUGAUUUUAAUACUAUCUUAAGUUGUGAUGAAAAAGUAGAAGGAAGAAGUCCUCUAAGAUUAUCAAUGACAAAUUUCAAUAACUGCUUAGAUCAUUGUGGGCUUUUGCAAGCUCCAAAAUCUGGUAUUCAGUUUUCUUGGUGCAACAACAGAGUAGGUAAGAAGAGAAUACUAUGUGAUCUAGAUAAAGCCUUCUUUAAUGCAAAAUGGUUGGAGUUAUAUGCUAGUUGGAGAUAUAAAGUGGGAGUCAAAGGAGUCUCAGAUCAUGGUGCAUUGAUGGGUAGUACAACUGACAUUCGUAAACCUCAAAACAUACCUUUUAGAUACCAACCAAUAUGGACUUCUCAUCCUAAAUUUCUACAAUUUCUUAAACAAUCAUGGGAAGAAGAAUACAAUGGAAAUCAUGUUUUUAGUUUUAUGAGUAAACUUAAGAGAUUCAAAAUUAGUGUCAAGAAAUGGAACUGGGAGGUUUUUGGAGACUUAAGAAUUAAAGUCAAAGAAACUGAAGAUGAAGUUCUAAAUGCUGCAUUGCUCUCAGAUGCUCAACCAGAAAAUGUAGCUUUGCUUGAUAAACUAAUCACUGCAAGAGGGAAGCAUGAAAUAGAAACUCAACAAUAUAAUGAACUAUUAAGAUCAAAAUCAAGAAUCAAAUGGGUGAAAGAAGGAGAACCAAAUUACAUAUUUGAGCACCAUGAUGUGUUCUUUGAUGAAAAUCUUUUUGAAGCCAUUCCUAAAGUAAUAACAAAUGAAGAUAAUGAUCAAAUGGAUGCUUUACCUUCAUCUCAAGAGAUUAAAGAUGCAGUUUUUUCUAUGGAUCCAAACAGUUCUCCUGGCCCUGAUGGGUUUCCAGGUAGUUUCUACAUAUUCUCUUGGGAAAUAAUAUGCAGGGACUUAAUAAGUGCAAUACAAUACUGCUGGAGAUGCAAAUUUGUUCCAAAAGGGAUGAAUUAUAACUUUCUGUUGUUGCUACCUAAAAUACCUGGUGCUAGAAAAACAGAUCAAUUCAGGCCCAUAGGAUUAUCCAAUUUUUGCUUCAAGAUCAUCACAAGAAUAAUCACAACAAGACCACUCUCUGUUCUGCACAAAGUAAUAUCAUUUCAACAAGGUGCAUUCAUAAAAGGAAGGAAUAUUCAAGAGAAAAUUGUACUUGCUUCUGAGCUUGUAAAUGAGUUAGAUAUUAAAAGAAGGGGAGGCAAUGUAGGGUUAAAAUUGGACAUAAUUCAAGCUUUUGACUCAAUGAGCUGGGAAUUCAUUUUUGCAACACUCAAGCAUUUUGGCUUAUCUCAAAUGAGUAUAAAUUGGUUGAAGAUAAUCUUUGAAUCUGCAAGAGUAUCAGUGCUAGUAAAUGGAGGGCCAUUUGGUUUUUUUGAAGUGGGAAGAGGUCUCGGGCAAGGAGACCCGUUAUCUCCCAUACUUUUUGUGAUAGCUGAAGAGGUUUUGAGCAGAAACUUAAGAAAAAUGAUUUAA